AUGAGUGAAGGAGUCGUGAAAUGUUGCGGAACUCCGAUGUUUCUGAAGAGGACUUUCGGCGCCGGAUAUCACCUGAGAAUCGCUAAAAACCUUGACUUCAAUGGACAGACAGUUCUGCAUAUUAUCCGCAAUUUUAUGCCAAACGCUGACAUCAAAAGUGAAAUCAAUUCAGAAAUCAUUUAUUCACUCGAAGGCGAAGAAUACCAUAAGAAUGAAAGUCAUAAUACAAAUCAACUUUUGGUCCAAUUGUUCACUAAUUUGGAGACCAGAAAGGAUGAGCUCAAUAUUGAAACCUAUGGACUGACUGUCACUACAAUGGAAGACGUCUUCCUAAGUGUCGGCAACGAAUCCAUCGACACAUUUGAUGACAAAUACUCAAAAUCUUCACUUCAAGACGAGAGCCUAUUAUCUCUACCGAUCCGUAAAAAUAGUGGUUUCCGUCUGUGGGUCCAACACUUUAUGGCCCUAUUCUUGAAACGGUUCCACUACUCCAAAAGAUAUUGGCCAAUGAUUGUCAUGCAGACAGUACUUCCGGCCAUACUUUUCAUGUGUAUACUUCUGCUGGAUUACGCCAUUAAGAAAGCUGUUACGAUCACCACUGAAAAUGUAGAAAUGAAUUUGAAAAUGUAUGGCAAGACUCAGGGAUUCAUACAGUCAGGCAUUCAAGAUCUCAAUGAUAUCUACAUACAAGUGUCCAAAACACAAGACAUGUCCACAGAAAUUAUCACUGAAAACCCAAACAAUUGGACACUUGAGGGCAAUAAAGGGGAUGACAUAACUGAAUACAUCAACACAUAUCUGGUCGGCGCUCAGAUUAAUACGACAACCAGUGAUGACAAUACCGAUCAACUGAUUCUCAUUCCCUGGUAUAACAAAGAGGCCACACAUUCACUCCCGGUGUCCAUCAACUUCUUAUACGAAACGCUUCUGAAGCAUAAGUAUUCAAGUAAACCGUCGCUCACACUAUACAACCAUCCGAUAGUGGACGAUCAAAGUGGGAACACCAUGUCAACCAUAGGCAUAACAAUGAUUUUCUCGUGUCUGCUACUGGUUCCCCUAACCGUCCCCUUCAUCGGUGCCUCCUAUGUGUUGUUCCCAAUUCACGAACGCAUUACUAAUUCAAAACUAUUGCAACUAAUGAACGGCAUAUCGAGUGCUACCUUUUGGUCGGCCAGUUAUCUCUGGGAUCUCAUCAACCAUUUAAUUGCCAGUGUUUUCCUAUUCAUUAUAUUCGCUAUUUUUGAUUGGAAUAAAAUUUUCAUCGGCACCGCGAGUAUAGGCGGUGCUCUAUUCUUACUGUUCCUAUUCUUCGGCAUAUCUACCAUUCCCUUGGCGUAUAUAUUCUCAUUACGGCUGAAGUUGCCGUCCACUGGCUUCGCAAUACUGGUGAUCGUAUACCUGUUGACAGGACUGGCACUCGUACUGGCCUUAGGAAUGAUAGGCUUUUUAAACCAAACGGGGCUUCACAUAUUGGAUGAGGAUAUCCUGGCUAAAGUAGAAAUGGUGGCCCGCCUAUUGCCAUUGUUCUCAAUGAGCACUGGUAUCAAAAAGUUGUAUAAAUUAGGCUCUUAUAAGGAUGCGUGCGAUAAGAGUACUCAAGAGUUUCUGGGAAAGACAUGUCACGCGGGACUCACCAAAAAGACACCGGAAUGGGGCUGUUGUAAGGAUUUGUGUCGACCCAGUGGUCAGUGUUACGAUGAGAUUAAUGCAUUGCAAUGGAAUGAUCAGGGUGUCGGUGUGGAACUGGUAUACAUCGAAAGGGAUGGCCAAACAGCGAGUGUAGUAUUGGGCGAAAGCAGUGUUCAGAUGGAGGGAAGGGAUGCGGAGGACUCGGAUGUGGUGUCAGAGAAACUACGGGUCGCGAAGUUAAUCAAAAACUAUAACAUCAACUCUGAAGCACUGGUAGUCAGGAAUUUGGCGAAAACUUUCGGAAAAGUAAUACCCAUUCAAGCGGUGAAUGGACUGAGUUUUGGUGUCCAUCCGGAGGAGUGCUUUGGUUUGUUGGGAGUGAACGGCGCCGGAAAGACAACCACUUUUCGUAUGCUUACCGGCGAUGAGACGGUGAGCGAUGGCAACGCAUGNCGGCGCCGUUAUGUCCCAAAAGGA